AUGAAGUUCAAGGUUUUUCUAACGACCAUCAAAUCGCGGUUCACGACGACGAAAUCUAUCGUUGCACAGGUGGGCUUCUCUGCUUCAUGUCAGCCCAUGCAGCGCAAGAAGCUUUCACCAAAAGAACUCGAAAUGAAAUUCUUGGAGGAGAUGGCGGACGCCUACCACGAGCUGAAGUUCACGAAGGCGGUCGGAGUCCGCUUGACUGCGAACAACUUCAAGGUCGUCCGUGACGCGUCAGGCGCAAUCGCAAGCCACCUCCACACUUCGACCAGCUUCCACACCCUCCUCACCGGCAUCACUGCCUGCCCGCAUACACUAGCGCUCACCGGCGCUACGCUUUUCGAUCAAGCUUCCCCUCCAUGCAAUGUUAAGCUGAACUCUGAUGCGAUACCCGCUGAGAAGCCCAACGCGUCUACCUCGCGCAUCUUGCGUAUUGACGAUUUUGAGCCCAUCAGGCACCUUGGGCGUGGCGGAUUUGGAAGUGUUUUCCUUGUCCGCGACAAGUUCACGAACCGCUUCUACGCGCUGAAGUCGAUCGACAAAGAGCGCAUCCCGUUCGCAUUCUAUUCGAGGAUUUUUGAAGAGCAGCGCGUCGGGAAGUCGCUUGCUAACAGCAAAUGGGCCGUAGGCGUCGAAGGAAACUUUGACGACUUAGAUAAUUUCUACAUUCUCAUGAAAUAUGUCCCCGGUGGAGAUCUCGUGCACAGGACCAGGAACUUUGGGGCACUUGGGAGCAGGCUGUUGCGUGUGGUGUUUGCCGAACUGGUUGUGGCAGUCGAAAACCUCCACCAGCGGCGCAUCAUGCAUCGCGACCUCAAACUCGAGAACAUUCUCAUUGACGAGCAAGGGCACAUCGUCCUCGCUGACUUCGGUCUCUCCGAGGCCUUCGGCAUCGACAAGACCGAGCGUCCUUGGGAGAAUACACCUGCCUGGGCGGCGUGCACUGCAGAUGAGAAGCUGGGAGACACUUCCUCGCAGGAUCGAGGUCGCGACCUCUCUGCUGAACUCGCGGGCACUCCGGGAUACCAGGCGCCCGAGCAGCUCUGUGGCAACGGACAACACUCGUACGAGGCGGAUAUCUGGAGCCUUGGUAUUAUCCUCCACGUUUUCCUCACUGGACUGAUGCCUUUCGGGACUAACUAUUCAAUGCCUGUUCCCGAGGUUAACCGUCGCAUUUUGACAUUCCCCCUCAUACUCUCCGCGUACAUCGACCUCAAGUCGCACGACCUGCUGUCGCGAAUAUUGGAGAAGGAUCCGCGCCGUCGGAUCACCAUCCCCGAGAUUAAAGCACACCCCAUGCUCUGCGACAUUGAUUGGGAUGUCGUCGCGAGGCGUGAGGCAAACCCUACCCAGCAGGCGCGACUCUGCAUGGGCUCCGCACCGCAUCUCAUCCGGAGGCAACCCGACAUCACGAUCCCAACCGGCGAUGCUUACGAGUCUGGCCGGGCACCCUUCCCCUGGUUCAACUUUGCGGCUCCGAGCUUCUCAGAGCCCGCCGAGCUUAUUCCCGAACUUGUCAGCACGUCAGACGUCCUCACGGUUCAACGGCACCUUCCCACCGACAACAGCGACGCUCUCUCCACAACCUCCUCAAGUUUUCGUUCGCUCAGGUCCGGUCUCUGCUCUUAGAAAACCCCAGAAAAACGUGGCGUUUACGCUACUAUAAUGCGGCAUCUCAAGAUUCGUUUCGGCAUGUUGGUGGAGGUGAAGCCCAGGACCGAAGGGACUCGAAUGAUUAUCGAUUAAAAGAAAAGAUGAGGAAAAAUUUGACACAGAACACUUCCAUCUCCCUUACUCUCUUGAUCUUCUGCUCACUCGCUCUCCUGCUCUUUUGCUCUCUUACUUAUCCUGCAUUUCGACAGUUUACCUCUGCUAUCGCGUGUUUCCUUCUUUCCCCCUGCUAUGCCCUCCGCUAUCGUAGUUGGAUUCACUGUUUUUUCUUUAUUCUUAGAGAUCUUAUGGGACAAGUCUAUAAUCAGUACGAUCCCACGUACACGAGUCUGCGUGGCUGGGAGCUGGCGCUUACGAAAAGCCUUCGUGGCGCUCACGUUAAACCUUCAGUACUCAGUUACAGUACUCGUAUUUAGUCCGUGUCUCUCCCUCACCUUCAAUAUUUUGUUGGUCGGCUGCGAUGAUAACCGUCCCAACAAUUCCCGCCCGUGUACUAUAAACUUUAGUGACUCUAAUACUUGUCCCUGGCCCAACGUGCUCGGCAGAUUUAACUAAGCUUGAUUGUCAUUGUAGAUUAUGUUUAUCCAGCUGGUAUCGGUGAGAUGCGUGAAACGAAUUGAAAACGAGCGACAUUUUGGUUUUAUGGAGGUAUUAACCACGGUCCGUGGUAGCAAACCAAUAUAACCAGAGACGAAAAUGCAUUAUCUGCCCGCAAGAGGCGACCUCACCGGCCGACUCUUGGCUCCGAGCCUUUUCUCCCUGACCCGUGCGCGCGAGGACGGGGUCAGAUCAACCGGCGUCCAGGGAAUAGGAUUAGCAUGGAAUGGCGUAGUCGAGCCGUAUUCUUGAAUAGGCGAGAUCGUAUGUCGUAGCCGCGAUGCUCGGACCCAUCGAGACUGGCCGCUGCCCUCUGGCAACGACUGAGAACUCCGUAGGCCGGAUGUGCCCAGGUUUACGCGCGGGAAACCAUCAUCGGGGAUAAUUGGAAAGUCGUCAGCUCCGCGCGUGGUCGCAUUCACGCUGGACCACGAGGGAGGCGGCGGCGGCAUCGUGCUGGACAUGAAGUCUCUAAGUAGGGGCGUACUCUCGCUGUUGGCCGCGCGUGAGGUAAGAGCUUGCGCACGGGCGCGCAUGUGCGACCGGUUGCGUUCGUAUUCCUCCUCUUCGUCUGUUGGAAUCUCGUUGCCGUCCGGGUCAAGUGGCGCUACGACCCUGAAGUUAGCAUGCUG